AUGGCUUAUUAUUCAGAGAAACUAAAAGAAAUUAACGAAGAAGAAAGCGUCAACAGCAAUCAUAGCGAUAAUUAUCCGCAGGAUGAUGGCUUCAUGGCAACAGCAGAAGACGAAGAUAGUGAAGAUGACGAUUUAUUGAUAGAAGACGCCUCAUCCAUGUCUUCUUCGCCUAGUAUCCCUGAUGAAAAUAUCAAUUUUGAUCUCGUCUAUGCUCUACAUACUUUUGUAGCUACUGUAGACGGACAAGCAUCUGUUGUCAAAGGAGAUGCUUUGAUUUUAAUGGAAGAUACCAAUAUAUAUUGGUGGUUAGUAGAAGUUUUGAAAACACGAGAAGUAGGUUAUAUUCCUGCCGAAAAUAUCGAGACACCUUAUGAACGGUUGGCUCGAUUAAAUAAACAUCGAAAUGUUGAAAUUACAUCACCCUCAAUUCAUGAUACGGCUGCACAUGUCACUCCUGUUUCUCAUAAUCCUUCAACUAUGACACGUAGAGUCACUGUAAGUGAUGAAUCGAAAAUAUUUACUUACGAAGUGGAAUCCGAAAUUGACGAAGAUGCAGAAGAUGAGGAUGAAGAGGUAUAUGACGACAAUCAUUAUAACAAAGACGAGGAAGAAAUAGAUGCAGUGCAUCAAAGUCAGCAACAAGAGAAUAGAGAUGAUUCUACGUCAACAAUGGAAGAGGAAAUAUAUCUACAGCAACAACAACGUACUACUAAUGCAUCCUACAACAACAACAGCCCAUAUCAACAGCAACACUACCAGCAAUAUGAUUAUCAUGAGAUGAUGAUGGAUACUGUAGAAGAAGAGGAAGAGGUUGUCGUCUCAGACGGACUACAACCACAACAGUACUAUCAACAAACGUCUUCAUUACCAAAUGAUGCUCAUCAUGGACAGUGGGAGUCCUCUACUGAGAAUGCUUAUGAUCAUCAUCAACAGCAGCAGCAACCCAUAAGAAAGUCAACUUCCGCUUCCUCUUUAUCUGCAGCAACAGCAGACGACGAAAACAAAAGGAUGGAUUUAAGAGUAUUUGCGGGUAAUAUUGGCCAGGGGCCUUUGUUUCAUACGUUUACAAUUGCCAUGUCAACCACUGCUGAAGAAUUACUGGAGAUUGCAGCUAAUAAAUUUGGUGUAAUGAAUGAGGAAGAUACAGAAGACACAACCAUUGAAUUCUACAUAGCUGUACAAGGCAUGGAUGGAGCCGCUCAAGAUAAACCUUUAUCCAUCUUCAAAACAUUAACCGAUUCUUUAACGACACCAAUGCCUUCCACUACUCAUAUUCGUCGCAUAUCUCAGCAAUCCUUAUCUUCUGUUCAAUCACGCAAUAAAGGACGGCCAAGAUCAAGCAGUUUUAGCAAUUAUGAGCAGACUUCAUUUGAUGAAGACUCUGUCAUCCGCUUCUAUCUACAUCGUCGAAUUAAACGUGCCCACGAACGAGAAGGCCUGCUCUAUAUCAAAGUAUCUCUCUACCCAGAUGAUAAUACUGUCACGUCUACUUACACCAUGUCAGAAGAAGCUGCAGCCUAUAUACAAAAUCCAAUGAUCACUUCCAUGUACAAUUCUGAUAAAAAGAAAAAGAAGAAGAAGAACAACAGCAGUAGUACGAGAAAACAACAAAAGCAGCAACAAAGUAAUAGCGUGUCAUCGUCAACAAGAUCUGAAAUUGAUCGUAUAGACAAAAUUAUAUCUGUGCGUGAAGAGUAUCCUAUAGGAGUGGUGAUCAACCUUGCUUUGGAGAAGUUUCAUGUUCCUGAUGCCGAAGCAGAAGAUUAUUAUCCUGAUACGAAAGAACAUUUAAAAGCUUCAAGGCAACUUGCAAAAUAUAGAAUGUCAGUACGGAGUAAUACUGGCGGAGGACAAGAGAUCAACCUAAACCCUUAUGAGCUUAUGUCAAAUGUGCUUCAUCGGCAAAAAUCCUAUUCAUCCCCUAACCAGACAGGUCCAAUAACUAGUGAUUUACUAUUUGUCUUGCGCAAAGCUGGUUCUGUUUAUUACCAGCAACUUCAUCAUCAGCAGCAACAAAAACAAAAAAAUUCAUCAAAAAGCAAUGGUUCUACGACUUCAAUGAUGGCAGAAGAAGGCAGUCGAAGACCAAGCAUCCUUGAUAUUUUAAUGGAUGCAACUCCUCGAAUGGGCGAACGCCGUCCUAGUGCAAUGAGUGAUAUUUUGUUGCAAGAAGCAGCUUCUUCUUCAGCACGUUCACUUUUAUUGCAAACGGAGGAAAAUAGUACAGCUAAUAAUAACAGGAGGCCAUCCGGUUCUUCUUCGACAUCUUCUGCAGCACAAGCAGCAGUAAAUCAUUUAAUGGUUACUCAGGAACGCAAAUCAUCUCUAGUAAAUCAGCUACUGCAGCAUCAACAACAGCCGUCUUCUUCUUCCUCUUCUUCUUUCACAUCUUUUUCUCCUUCUUCUCAACCAGCAGGAACAACAACAACAACAACAAAAAAUUCUACUUUUGGUUUUACUCGAAGAACUUCUUCUGCGCAAUCUUCAUCCAUCACCAUAACUUCUUCAAUUGAAGACACAGCUAACUAUUAUCAUCACCCACCUACUUCACCAUCAGACUUGGAUAUCAUAGCUUCUGUAAGCAAUUCAUCGACCCUUAUGCGACACAUCAGCAAUGAUAAUGAAAAUAAAAAAAAGGAGAGUUUUAAGCAACAAUUAAAAAGAUUUGUAGGCUGGGGCUCCUCUUCCAAUAAGACAAACAGUAAUCAUCAACAUCUUCCAACGUUGAUGACAACUGCUCGUCAACAGCAACAACUGCACUCUGCGUCUUCUUUGUCCCCUCCCUCGGAUAUGGCAUUUGUAUCCGCACCUUCUUCACCCUUACCGCCCACUAUUAAUAUACCCCAUGAUAAUAAAACACGUCAAGCAAGUUUUAGUCACCUCACAACAUUAAGCACAAUGCCUGCUGCUUCUCAUAUCAUGUCUCGUAGACCUAGUGAGAUUGCCGCCAACGCUAUUAGUAAUAGUAGUAACAGUACUCACACUGAUCAUUCGGCGGCAGCUAUUGCAGCAGCUGUAGCAGUUAACUCAGCGAAUGGAAACAGAUUGUCUACUGUAUCUUCUAUGAGCUCUGCAACUACUACCACAUCCUCGGUAACCUCAGAAGAAAUUGCUCAAGCAAGAAGUAAAAGUUUGGAAGGCGUGGAAAAUGAUGAUGAUGACAUGGACGAAAUCGUCGGAACGAGCAAUGAGACGAAUUCUGCUACAAGUAAUGAACCAUUUACGCCCUUACCGACUAACGAUUCCAGUAUAACUACGAAUAAUGCACUUGUAGUCAAAGAUAAUACCGCUAAUUCGGAUUAUACCAUUUGGGCGAGUAGCCAACAGCAACAGGUAUUGGAUAGUAACGUAGAAGAAAGUCAAGCGCCUAUUCCACCUAGCAAAUCGCCCUCAGUCAUAAGCUCAUCUAAUACUGCAGUCAACUCUUCCAUUGUGACAAAGGCCUUACCACCUGUAACUCCUGCUAAAAAUCCCCUUAGAAAUAACAAUAAUCAGUCCGCUUCGACUAUAAUAUCCACUACUUCUAUUACUACAAAUAGUCCUGGUGCUGCAGCCCUGGAUUCUUCCUCUCAAUCCCUUGCAUCUACUGUGGCUACUGACACAACUGCUGCUGUCACUGCAAGAAGUAAACGUGGCUCUUCGAAUGCAAAUGAAUAUGAUGAGUUAUAUUUACUGGUAGCUCAUGGUGUUGACUUCUUGACUUCGAAAGAGCAGAGUAAUUGGGAAGAGGAUAACGGAUACGAUUUUCACCCUUGCAAUAGACCUCCAAGCUCCUUCUCUGUCCAUCAGCAACAACAGCAACAACAACAACCAGAGCAGAAAUGUACUGUUAGAGAUAAAGCAAGUGCUGCUAAAUCAUUAUUACUCGCUUCUGCACCUUCUGAAGCACAUCAACAGCAGUUACAACAGCAGUUACAACAACAGCAGCAACGGCAAGAUGAGCAACAACAGGAAACAAAUACACCUAUUUCUCCUCCUUUAACCCCUUCUUUAUUACAACAACAGCAUGAGGAAACGGAUAUUAGUGCUACAAAUAAGACAAGUAAUACGAAUAGUAACGGUAGCGUACAGCAAAAAGAAUCUCCUGAUGCCUUGGCGAAACGAAUUUUGGCUUCCAAGUCCGAAGCUCCAACCACACCAUUGUCACAACAACAACCGCAACAGAUGGGCAUGGAAACUAAUUCACAACAACCACAAUCCCAACAAAAGCAACACGUAUCACUUGAUGAUGAGGAAUUACAACGCAUUGUUGCUGCUCAUAUUGUGUUUUAA